CCCGGGGCAGUCUCCAGCCGUGGUCACAGGGUGUCAUCGCUGUGGUUGUGUUUCUAGUCCUGGUAGCCAUCGCUUUCGUGGUCAAUAGGUUCUGGUGUAAGGAGAAGGUGGAAAACGUCGAGACAGUGGUGAGUGUCGAGGACAAGAAGGAGCCUGUCAUGUCCAAUGGCCACGAAGGGAGAUAUCUAACUGCUGCAGCCGACUUCAGGUCCAAAGAGAGCCAGCACGCCUACGAGAAUACCCUGGAACCCGAGGAGAGGGUGAUCACCACCGCCAUGUAG